CCUUGCACUCCGAGGCGCGGAAGGAGGCAAAAACAGAGCGAACGUCCUGCCUCGGCGACCACCCCUCUCUCUCGCCACCCGCUCCCAGCCGGAGCCACCACCCGAUUCUCUGCUCUGCACACUCCUCUCCCCCUACCUUCCCGCUUCCCUGAACCAAAAAUCGGCGGCAAUGUCGGACAUGGACGAUGAUGACUUUAUGGUUGAGGACGACGAGGAGGACUUUGAGUUCGAGUACGACGAAGAUGGAGAUGAAGAGCCCGAUGUCGAUCUGGAGAACAAAUACUAUAAUGCCAAAGCCAAAAAGGACGACGAGCCCGAGGCUGCACUCGAAGAGUUCCGAAGCGUCGUCGAUACCGAGGCCGAGAUGGAGCGUGGUGAAUGGGGAUUCAAGGCGCUGAAGCAAAUAAUCAAGCUUACAUACAAGAUGCAGCGUUACCGCGAGACCCUGGCCAGUUACCGAGAACUUCUCGGCUACAUCAAGAGCGCCGUGACUCGGAACUACAGCGAAAAGAGCAUCAACAACAUCCUGGACAACGUCUCAAACUCCCAGGAGAUGGCCUUCCUCGAGGAGUUCUAUGCCGUGACUCUGAAGGCGCUCGAGGACGCCAAGAACGAGCGACUGUGGACCAAGACCAACCUAAAGCUGGCUCGUGUAUGGCUUGACCGGAAGGAGUACGGCCGUCUGACCAAGAUCCUGCGACAGCUGCACGCCUCAUGCCAGAACACGGACGGCACCGAUGACCAGAAGAAGGGCACGCUGCUCCUGGAGAUCUUUGCUCUGGAGAUCCAAAUGUACACCGAGACCAAGAAUAACAAAAAGCUCAAGGCGCUGUACCAGCAAUGCCUCCAUGUCAAGUCCGCCAUUCCUCACCCCCGCAUCAUGGGUGUAAUCCGAGAAUGCGGCGGCAAGAUGCACAUGGGUGAAAACGAGUGGGAAAAGGCCCAGACCGACUUUUUCGAGGCAUUCAAGAAUUACGACGAGGCCGGCAGCCCGCAGCGCAUGCAGUGCCUCAAGUACUUGGUACUCGCCAACAUGCUCAUGGACUCACAGAUCAAUCCGUUCGAGUCUCAGGAAACCAAACCAUACAAGAACGAUCCCCAGAUGAUGGCCAUGACCAACCUCGUCAACGCCUAUCAGCGCAACGACAUUCGCGAGUUUGAAAAGAUUCUGAAAGACAACCAGCAAAGCAUUAUGGGUGAUCCCUUCAUCCGGGCAUACAUCGACGAUGUGCUCAGGAACAUCCGCACCCAGGUCCUGCUCAAGCUCAUCAAGCCGUACACCCGGAUCGAGAUUCCGUUUGCCUCCAAGCAACUCAACAUAUCUCCAGCCGAUGUCGAGGAGAUCCUGGUGGGCUUGAUCCUGGACGGCAAGGUCAACGGCCAGAUCGACCAAGUGAACCAGCGCCUGGAGCUGCACCAAGAGAGCACAGAUGCGCUCCAUUACAGCGCCUUGGACAAGUGGUCGGGCAACGUCGGCGACCUCUAUCGCACCAUCACAAACAAAAUCGGGCAGGUCUGAGGCGCCGGCAGGACACGAGGGGCAGACGCAGCGCGAGGCAGAUGGCGAGCAAGCGUCCCGCAAAACGCAAGCCCAGGCCCCUUCUGUGCUGGACCGGGGACGACCACGCGGCCGAACUGCACAGCUCCGGGCCUCGAGGCGGGGACGGCAUCUGCAAGCGGCUUUCUUUUUUGUGUUUGGCGGUGGUGGCCAGCGACGGCCGAGCCAAGCAGAGGGCCAACAGCACCCAGAAUACAGACCGACCGUUUUGGAGGGCC